AUGUCGCCAACGCCCACGCCCGUGCCCGACCGCCCGCCGUUCGCCAGCCUGCCGCUAGACCCGGCCGGCCCUCCUGGCAAUGCCUGGGGGUUGUACGGCCGCGAUGAUGCGCUGGGGGCGCUGAACAUGCUCACGCCAGCCCAUGUGGCAGCAUCGGCAGCCCGGGAGAUCCGGACGGGCGAGCGAGUGUCGUUGGACUGGACGCUGGACAAGCCGUCGCACCCCAGCUUCGGCCGGCCGGCGUUCCGGUGGCAGCGCAAGGUGCUGCUGGAUGUGCAUGGCCAACCUCGAACAGUCAAUGACGACACGAUUGAGUUCAACACGCAGUGCUCGAGCCAGUGGGACGGCUUCCGCCACUACGGCUACCAAAAGGCCAAGCGGUUCUAUGGCAACGUCACGGCUGAGCAGCUGGAUGGGUCCAACGUGUUGGGACUGGAUGCGUGGGUGGAGCGCGGCGGGAUUGUCGGGCGUGGCGUGCUGCUGGACUAUGCCGGCUUCUGCCAGAAGCACGGCAAGACGAUCGCGCCAUUUUCGUCGACCGCGAUCACCGUGGUUGAGCUCGAAGCUGUGGCAAGGUACCAAGAUCUAGAACUGCAAAAGGGCGACAUCCUGUUGGUGCGCAGCGGCUGCACCGAGGCGUACGAGCGUCUGUCGGCCACCGAGCAAAAGGCCCUGGCUGACCGGCCGGCACCCGAUUUUAUUGGAAUUGCCCCGACCAUCGACACGUUGCGAUGGAUGUGGGAUUGCGGCUUCGCCACCGUGGCUGGAGAUGCGCCCAGCUUUGAGCGCGCGCCCAUCGGUGGUCUUCAUACGCGGAUCGGCGGCAUCUGGGCCGGCGAACCCUGGGAGGCCGAGAUGCAGGGCGGCGGGCUGCUACAUCAGUGGAUGCUGGCUGGCUGGGGCGUGCCCAUCGGCGAGCUAUUCGACCUCGAGGCCCUCGCCCGCAAGUGCGUCGAGCUGCACCGCUGGUCCUUCUUUGUCAGCAGCGUGCCUCUCAAAGUUCCCGGCGGCGUUGCCAGUCCGCCCAAUGCCAUUGCCAUUUUCUAA